AUGAAAACUAAAGGCAGUCAGAUACCAGAACCAGAUACUAGACACCAGAUACCAGACACCAGAUACCAGAUACCAGAUACCAGAUACCAGACACCAGAUACCAGACAUCAGAUACCAGAAACCAGAUACCAGAUACCAGAUACCAGACACCAGACACCAGAUACCAGACACCAGAUACCAGAUACCAGACACCAGAUACCAGACAUCAGAUACCAGACACCAGAAACCAGAUACCAGAUACGAGAUACCAGAUACCAGAUACCAGACACCAGAUACCAGAUACCAAACACCAGAUACGAGAUACCAGAUACCAGCCACCAGAACCAGAUACCAAAGAAAGAUAACAGAUACCAAAUACCAGAUACCAGACACCAGAUACCAGAUACCAGACACCAGAUACCAGACAUCAGAUACCAGACACCAGAUACCAGAUACCAGAUACCAGAUGCCAGACACCAGAUACCGGAUACCAGAUACCAGACAUCAGAUACCAGACACCAGAUACCAGAUACCAGACACCGGAUACCGGAUACCAGACAUCAGAUACCAGACACCAGAAACCAGAUACCAGAUACGAGAUACCAGAUACCAGAUACCAGAUACGAGAUACCAGAUACCAGCCACCAGAAACCAGAUACCAGAUAA